AUCACUUCUGUGUCCCUCCUGCCAGGCUGGACAAACGCUGCACAGCUAUGGAGAAUGAACCCAACACAACGACAUGUUCUGCAUCCACCACGACCGUCACCACCACCUCCACUUCCCGCACGCCGCUGCCGCAGAUCUCCGUCUACAGCGGCUCUGACAGACAUGCUGUCCAGGUUAUUCAGCAGGCCUUGCAUCGUCCUCCUAGCUCAGCUGCUCAGUACCUCCAGCAGAUGUAUGCAGCCCAACAGCAGCAUCUAAUGCUGCAGACUGCUGCUCUGCAGCAGCAGCACUUAAGCAGUACCCAAUUUCAGAGUCUGGCAACUGUUCCACAGGCAAGCCUGUCAGGUGGGAGGCAAUGUACUUCCCCCACUGGGAGUGUCACUCAGCAGUCAAGCAUGUCGCAGACCUCGAUUAACCUCUCCACCUCUCCUACACCUGCACAGAUAAUAAGCCGCUCUCAGACCUCCAACACCACCAGCAGCAGCAUCACCCAACAGACCAUGUUGCUGGGCAGCACCUCUCCCACCCUGAGUGCCAGCCAGGCUCAAAUGUAUCUACGAGCUCAGAUGCUUAUUUUUACUCCUGCGACCACUGUGGCUGCUGUCCAGUCUGACAUUCCUGUUGUCUCCUCAUCCUCCUCAUCUUCCUGUCAGUCUGCAGCUACUCAGGUUCAGAACUUGACGUUGCGCAGUCAGAAGCUGGGUGUGCUGUCAAGUUCACAGAAUGGCCCACCAAAGAGCAGCAGCCAAACUCAGUCCCUGUGCCCCAGUAAGGCUGCCAGCAGCUCCAAGGGCAGCCAGCCAGAUCCCUCAGAAAGCAACAGGAAAGGCGAGAGCCCCGCUCCAGAGUGCCGGAGCACGCCGGCCACACGGACAUCCAGCAUCCACCACUUGAUUACACCAGCUUCAUAUUCUCCAUUGCAACCUCAUUCUCUAGUAAAACAUCAGCAGAUCCCACUUCAUUCACCACCUCCAAAGAUUUCCCAUCAUCAGCUGAUCCUGCAGCAGCAGCAGCAAGUCCAGCCGAUUGCACUUCAGACUCCUCCGGGCCAGGAGCCGCCUCCAUCCCAGCACUGCCUGCCCCUCCCCAGCCAUGCGCUGCCUCCGGCUCCCAGCAGCGUCCAGGCCCACUGCUCCCCUAUCCACAUCCAUCCUCCGCCUCUCACGCUCUCUCCCACCCCUUCCCAGUCAGCUCAGCAGUCAGUGGUGGUGUCCCCUCCGCCGUCCCACUCCCCGAGUCAGUCACCCACCAUAAUUAUUCACCCUCAAGCCCUCAUCCAGUCCCAAGCCAGCUCCCUGGUGCCGGCGGCUCUGCAGCCCGAGCCGGCCGCUCCCCAGGCGGCUGCCGCCAACCCCGUGCGGCCGUCGCAGCCGCUCAGCCUCCCGCAGCACCUGCCGCUGCCGCCCUCGCCCGCCGUGCACAUCGGGGCCGUGGAGCCGCCCAGCUUGGUUUCCCCGGGCCAGCAGCUCGUGUCCUCCGCGCCACACCAGCAGUAUCCAGCCCUGCAAUCCGCUCCCAUCCCUCUGGCAGCUCCGCCUCAGCUCUCGGCAUCCUCAACCCAGAUUCAACCGCUGCCCCUGCAGUCUGUGCAGUCUUUACAAGUGCAGCCUGAAAUUCUGUCCCAGGGCCAGGUUUUGGUUCAAAACACUUUGGUUUCUGAGGAGGAACUUCCUGCUGCAGAGGCUUUGGUCCAGCUGCCAUUUCAAACUCUUCCACCGCCGCAGACCGUCGCAGUAAAUCUGCAGGUGCAGCCGUCAGUUCCGAUUGAAACUCCAGUGAUUUACCAAGUGGAGAAUGUGUGUGAAGAGGAGAUGCCCGAGGACUCAGAUUGUGUCCACAUGGCAAGAACACCUACACCACCCACCUUGUCCCCACCUGCCAUAACCUUGGGCAAUGGAGAGGCUCUUAAUUCAGAAGAUCCUUUGUCAGAACAUGGGGGACUGCCUUCAGUGACAUCAUCAGUCAGUGCCUCAGUAAUUAAAUCUCCAUCUGAUCCUUCCCAUGCCUCUAUUCCACCACCCCCUCUUUUGCUUCCAGCAGCAACGACAAGGAGCAACAGCACAUCCAUGCCCAAUAGCAUUCCCAGCCUAGAAAAUAAACCUCCACAGGCUAUUGUUAAACCCCAGAUCCUGACCCACGUCAUCGAAGGCUUUGUGAUUCAGGAGGGCUUGGAGCCGUUCCCUGUCAGUCGUUCAUCUUUACUGGUGGAACAGCCUGCAGAGAAGAGAUUGCUGGUGGAGGGUCAGAUCAUGAGUGUGGUGUGUGUUGAAUCAGACUUGCAGAACACAAAACAUGCAGACAACUCAUCAGACACAGAGAUGGAGGAUAUGAUUGCAGAAGAGGGACUGGAUGAAAUUGAAAAUGAUCUUCUGAAGUGUGAAUUUUGUGGGAAAAUGGGAUAUCCCAAUAAGUUUCUGCGGUCAAAAAGAUUCUGCUCCACAUCCUGUGCCAAAAGGCACAGCCUUAGUUGCACUAAGAAAUUUGGGCUGUUUCCAUCAGACAAGACCAGUCGUUGGAAUCGGAAGUCAGAUAGCCAAAGUCUUGGGCGACGCGGGCGUCGGCCGAGCGGCCCUGAGGGGGCGUCACGAGAUCAUUUUCUUAGACAGCUUCCAAUUACUUAUCCAUCUGCAGAAGAAGAUCUGGCUCCUCAUGAAGACGCUGUUCCGACGGCCAUGACCACGCGCCUGCGGAGGCAGAGUGAGAGGGAGAGGGAGCGGGAGCUUCGGGAGCUGAGGAUGAGGAAAAUGCCAGAGAGCAUCGACCUCUUACCAGUGGUGCAAACUGACCCCUCAGUAUGGACUGUCGAUGAAGUUUGGGCCUUUAUACAUUCUCUGCCUGGUUGUCAAGAUAUUGCAGAUGAAUUUAGAGCACAAGAAAUUGAUGGACAAGCUCUCCUUUUGUUGAAGGAGGAUCACCUUAUGAGUGCAAUGAAUAUUAAGCUUGGACCUGCAUUGAAAAUCUGUGCACGUAUCAAUUCCUUGAAAGAAUCCUAGGAGGUGAACAUGAAGGUUUAAACAACAGUUUCUCAGUGACAGAACCAACAGUAAUAUGCCAACAUCUUCACUGUGGCAUGAGUGUUACUGUGAUGUUUUGUUAAGUAGGUGGGGCUCUCCCCACAUAAAGACUUUAAAAUGUUCCUUUGAUUAUACCAGGAGUCCUCUGUAGUUUUCAAUAACUAAUAAGUUUAUAGUAAAGCCUGAGUAAUGCUUUGAGUUGAACUUUUUCAUGGAAAAACAUGAAGUGAAAUAUGCUGUGAUAGGUUAGAUCUUCCCCAACAUGUACACCAUCUUAUGAGUUAUGAUUAACACCCCAAUCCCCACCCCAGUCUAGACACCAUUUGAAUUGUGUUGCUGUAUUCUGAAAGACUUCUCCCACAUACAGCAGUGUUUGGACUGAACUAACAGAAGUGUCCACAGGCCCUGUGGAAGCACUAGUACCAGUAAAAUGCUAUGCAUUUAGUUGUGCUCUCUGAGUUUGUUUUAGUCUUGAGCAAAUUGUUUGUAAGGGGUAGGUUGGCAGCUGGUUUUCCUCAUGUAGGCUUACCCUCAUCUCUGCCACUAUAGUAUUUUCUUGAAGUCUGUAAAAUACUAUAAACCAUGUAGAUGUCUCAUCAAAAUCCUCAUGAUCAGGCUACUGACACUCCUGCCAGAGGUAACUGAAGCACAUGUUACUUUACUCUUCGAAUGCUGCUAUGCACUAAGGGGGCAUUAAGUGUUAGGUUUGUAGUUUCAUAUGCUGCUAGUUAAGCUAGACCAGCAGUUCUCAAAUGGGGGUUCAGAGUGGACCCUGAGGAAGAGUGUGAGCAUUUGGGGUUCAGGUUCCCAAAUGCCUGGGUGUGAGGGGCUGAAAACUGCAGCCAGGACCAGCUCAUGUUGAGACAAAUUGCUUUAGAGACUGGGGGUAGAGAAGGGACAUCAUAACUGAGAUGUUCUUGGUACCUCUUCUAACAUGUCUUUCCCUGUAGUGCAUUCCCAUUGCCUCACUGGAAGCUUCCAAGCACCUUUUCCUUGUCCUGUGGCCAGUGUGAGCUGUGCUUGCAGUACUCUGAGGAAGGAGCAGUGAGGCCCCUUCAGAGCUUGUGCAGGAGCAGCUGCUGCUGCCAUGAGGGAGCCUGGAGCUGCAGGUGGGCAGGAGGAAUGCCAGCGUUGGCAACUCUGGGAGAAUGUCCUGGUUUAGGGCAACCUUGGGAGGACCAGGACAGAGAAAUAUCCAGGGGCCCUGCUUUGUCCCUGUGGCAGGAUGUUUUGUCUUGGAUGCUGCAGACCCAGGAGGUGGGAUUUUAGUGUCCCCCUCCAUCUUCCCUCUCUCACACUCUGUGGAACAAAUACAUUUCCCCAGUUACUGAUGCUCUUGGAAGCUGCCUGGGCUCUGAGGCAGCAGCACCUUCUUGGCCUUUGCUUCCCCACCACCUAUGCACAGAUGCUCUUGGAUGCAUUUUGUCCUUCUGUUCCCUCCCUUUUGCAGCUCCACUCCCCUUAUGUACAGACCUGGUUCCUUAAGCUCUUGUUUAGGGAAAGAAGGGUAUGUGUGCUGAUAGUCAUUGUGUAUAUUUGAAUUAAAUAUGUGUAUGUGUCUGCAAAUAAUGUAUUUUUUUUAUUUUAUGCAAAUUAAUGCAUAAUAUAUGAUCCUGUAGGGAGGUAUUCAGGGGGCUUUACAGUAUUCCUGAAGAGAAGAGGAACUGACCUAAAGUUUGAGAACUGCUGCCCUAGAUCAAAAGGAGUCAAUGCACAUACACUGGCUAAAAGGCAGGUUUGUGACAGACAGAUUAAUAUGUAUAUUAUUUAACUGAUGACCUUAAAGAGUAAAUUUGAAUUACAGAAAAAUCUGUGCUUCAUUUUCCUUUAAUUAGACUAUUGCUUUGUUUCCACUGACAGAUUUUCUACCUUUACCUUCUGGAGAAUAACAUUAGAAUCAUUGUUCUUAAUUACAACUGUUUGAGCUUGCUAAUAGCAGAUGUUAUUAAUGUUUUUGUUAACCACUGAAGCUGCAAGUUAGGACAACACAUUGCAGUUGCACGCUGGUAUGUGGUGAGAACCCUUACCCAAACAGCACCAAAGCUUUAGAGGAUGAAUUGAUGCCUGGGUUUAUUUUGGAGGGAAGUUGCUAAGCACUUUCUAGUUUGGUUUUUUUUUUUUCUAUUUUCAUUUACUGUUGUAAAAUAAACUUCUUAGUUGAAGUUCCAAUGUUUGCUAAUGUUCAUUUGAAAGACAUUCAAAUGAUGGAGACAGUGGGUUCCCAUUUGUAGCAUUUCUGUAAGAUACACAGUGUAGCAUAUCUGUAACAUAUGUUCUAAAGGAUAUGUUCUGUUUUGAUGAGCUAACUGAAGACUAAAGAUAUCUUAGAUAUUUAUCCUUUGGCUUUUGUCUUAAAGUUUUAUUAUUUUUAUACAGAAAUCUCACUGGCUAAUUUUUAAUCUGUCUUCUGAUUGUACUGUUCUUAGGCAAUGUAAAAAGUAGAGAUACAUAAAUGUGGUUUGAUAAUGGUUUAAGGUGUACUAGAAAAUGUGGAUUUAGGGGUCUUAUUUAGACCUGUAGUUAAUCAGUGUUACAUGCAUGAGAAUUUCAUGGCUGCUUUAAUUUUGCUUUAUUAGACAGUUUUCAGGAGAGCUUCUCCAGCUAGUGUUUGUGUCCAGCUCAGUCAGAAUCCCUGCCAGGUGCCAGGAGCUCAGAGCAGACCCCAGUAAGGCACAUCUGGUCCUGUUCAUCUGGUAUGUAACAUUCCCUGUGGAUUUGGGAGAGCCACAGAUAAUGAGUUAUGCUUUAAAUAUUCAUAAAUGCAACAGCUUAGAAUGUGGGCCUUAUGCAUAUUGAAAGUUUUUUUUCUUCUUCAGUGGUUUU